AUGUUCGCAGUGCCGGACGCAAAGAGAAUCAAGCGAUCUGAACUGUUCCAAACAGACGACAGCGCUCGUAACUCUUCCUCUUCCUCGCCAGUCAAUACCCAAAACGACCCGGACAAUAAAAUUUUGGCUGCUGAUUAUGGUUUCGAAUACGACUUUAUCGCUCCCAAAGACGCUUCGUCAACGACGCCUCGAGAGUUGGAUGGAGUACAAAGUCUAAAAGGAGCACAGGAACAAGAAUAUUCAUUCCGGCUCUUUACACCAGCCGCGAAAUCAACACCUCAAGGAUCAAGCUCCCAGAUUUCUUCUUCAAAGCCAACAACAGUCCAGCUCUCGCCUACACCAGAACCAACCACUCUCUCUGAUGCGCUCUCACUAGAAAAAGCACAUUUCAUUCACCCCAACCGCCCCGACGGAUAUUACUUCACCUCUGCGUUUCCCCCAGAGACCAUCCAGGCUUUGAAAUGCCAGUAUGCGGAUGUCGCGGUUUCAGCCUCGGACAUACUCUCUCGGGCUAGUUCAAUGGAAUGGCCCGGCACCGCACUCCCUUGGCGUGUCAUUCAUGUAAGAUUGGCAAAUCGACGGAGCCUAAAAUCUGAAUCUAGCUCAACCACAGAAACCACCACAGAAAGAGCUCUCGGAAGGACAGGCGUGAAAAAGCCGUCGAAGAAACGUCGCAUCCUUCUCCGUCGACGGCACACGUUGCGCACAGAACUGGCUGCUCAGGCGAAAGUGGCGGAAGAAUCAGAGCGGGAGAAACGCACGCGCCGAAACCGCGAGAAGAAGGUGAAGCGGAAGGAGAGGGAGAAGAGAAAGAAGUUGGAAGCGGAAGGUCAAGGGAAAGAUGAAUAUGUGGACGGGGUUGAUGAUGAGGUACCAGGAGCGCCGAAAGAGAAUAUCGGGGAUGAACCAAAACCAGAUGCCUCGGCGGACAACAGGGACAAUGAAGAAAACAAAGAUCGAACACUCGAAACGUCGACGUUGGCGCAAAUCUCGACAGUACUUACUCAUGAUGGGAAUGGGAAUCUUGAUAAGGUUUCAGCGGCAUCAACAGCGCGAUCAGCACCCACAGCGCCCACGACAAUGAUGGCGGCAGUACCGGCAGAGGCGGCGACAGCGACAUCGAAACCCCUCCAAGCGCCAAUCCGUCGUGUCCCAACGGCCAGAGCACCAACAUCAGUACGUCCGACAGGUCGACAAAGCUGA